AUGUCUACUCCAACCUCGUCACAACCUAAAGUCUCCCUUUCACUUGCUUACCAACAGGAUCUAUUUGAAGAAGUCUGCGAGCAGGACCAGCUUGUCAUCCUUGCUAGAGGUCUCGGCCUGUUACACAUCGUCACAAGUCUGCUACAUAAAUAUGACGCGGUUGGGAACAACCUUGUGUUGUUGAUUGGUGCAGAUGAUAGAGAGAAUGGAUGGCUCGGAGAAGCUCUCGCUGAACAUGCGGUAAGAUCGGGAACCCCGGAGGCGAGGGGCUUAAAAAUUAUAAAUACCGAAGUUGCAAGUGUUUCUGCGAGAGCGGAGAUGUACAAGCAGGGCGGCAUAUUCUCGGUCACCUCAAGAAUUCUGGUAACGGAUAUGCUGACGGAUUUGAUGGACUGCCCGAAGAUAUCUGGAGUGGUAGUCCUUCAUUCUGAAAGGGUCAUUGCGACUUCUACCGAAGCUUUCAUUCUUCGAAUAUACAGGCAGAAGAAUCAAGAAGGGUUUCUCAAAGCUUUCUCAGAUAAUCCAGAGCCUUUCACAACUGGUUUCGCCCCUUUAGCUACUAUGAUGCGGAACUUAUUCUUGCGAUCACCCUCACUAUGGCCGAGGUUCCAUGUAACGGUUGCGAGAUCGUUGGAAACUAAGAAGGCGGAGGUGGUAGAGCUUGAGGUCGCAAUGACUGACUCAAUGCGAGAAAUUCAGACUGCGGUUUUGGAGUGCAUUGAGACUUCAAUUAGCGAGCUGAGGAAGUCGAACAGUUCUCUCGAGCUGGACGACUGGACUGUUGAUAGUGCGCUCCAUAAAUCUUUUGAUGUUGUUGUACGGCGGCAGUUAGAUCCCGUAUGGCAUCGGAUUAGCUGGAAGACUAAACAGAUCGUCAAUGACUUGACCGUUCUCAGGAGGAUACUACACUGUCUUUUGACAUACGACUGUGUGACUUUUUACCAGUAUUUGGAAACAAUUCUCGCCACGCAUGCGCCUCCACCAGGCUCGACCCGCUCGUCUCAAUCGCCUUGGCUGUUCCUUGACGCUGCACAUACGAUAUUCACUCUUGCAAAACGGAGAGUUUACACGGGGAAAGCAGACCUAAGUAAGAAGGCCUCAGGGAAAGUACCGCACGGGCUUGAGCCGGUAUUGGAGGAGCUUCCAAAAUGGGACAUGCUUGCAGAGGUGCUUGACGAAAUCGAAAAAGAUGGCUAUUUUAAUCCGGCAUUUAGCCAGUCUUCCAGAAGCACACUGAUAAUGUGUAGUGACGAAAGUACCUGUAGACAGAUACGCGAGUUCCUUCAAACUAUGCAUGAGACACCCUUGGAAGACCUUAUAAACCAGGAUGACGAGCUGGAGGGGAAACCCAACCGAGCUUCUGCAGCGUAUAUGAUGCGGCGGAAGCUGCGAGCAUAUUUUGCUUGGAAGCCAGAUUUUGCAAAGCUUACUCCGCCACCAAACAAACGACGAAGAGUUCGUGGAGGUGCAGCAGCAGCAGCUAGUGGGCCGAAUCGUCAAAAUGCGGGGGCGGUUCAGGUAACAGAAGAGCAAUCUGCACAGGUGGCCGCUUUGCUUGCCGGUGUUCAGCCGACGGAAGGAGAGCAGAAUUUGAAGCAGGAAAUCGGAGUAGAUUCCUUUGAGAACAUGGAAGACUAUUAUGAGUUUUAUGAAAUGGGCGAUCUCACUGUGGUCCACCCCUAUGAUGGGGAUAUGGAUGAGCGUUUGUUGGGUGAGCUUCAUCCUAGAUACGUUAUCAUGUACGAGCCCGAUCCCGCUUUCAUCCGGAGGGUAGAGGUCUACCGUAGUUCACACAAAGACCGGGAGGUUAGGGUAUACUUCCUCUACUACGGUAAGUCCGUGGAAGAGCAAAGAUAUUUGAGCGCUGUACGGAGAGAAAAGGAUUCGUUCACCAAGUUGGUCCACGAAAAAGGAAGCAUGAGUGUCACCCUCACCUUGGAUGCGAAAGCCAUCGAGGACCCACAGGAGGCUUUCCUUAGGACAGUAAACACUAGGAUAGCUGGGGGCGGCCGCAUAACGGCGACUGCUGUUCCUCCAAGGGUAAUUGUCGAUAUACGAGAGUUUCGUAGUUCGCUACCAUCUCUAUUGCACGGGAGAAAUGUUGAGGUCGUUCCUUGCACUUUGACUGUCGGCGAUUACAUUCUCUCUCCGGACAUAUGCGUUGAAAGAAAGUCGGUCAAGGAUUUAAUAUCUUCAUUUAAGGAUGGGAGGCUUUACACCCAGUGCGAGAACAUGCUACUAUAUUACAAGAACCCCAUGGUGCUCAUUGAGUUUGACCAAAAUAAAUCAUUCAACCUGGAGCCCUUUGCGGAUCUCACGGGAAGUAUCAGCCAGCAUGAUCUCCAGGCAAAACUAGUGCUACUAACUAUAGCCUUCCCCAAAGUUAAACUAAUCUGGUCCUCAAGUCCCUACCAAACAGCGGAGAUCUUUGAGGAAUUGAAGAGAAAUCAAGGGGAGCCAGACCCACUAGAAGCGAUCAAACUUGGUCUAGAGCCCGGCGAAGAAAUCGCUGGCGUCUACAACCAAACACCCCAGGAAAUCCUGCGAUCAAUACCCGGGAUCAACCCUAAGAAUAUCAAAACCGUCAUGUCAGAGGUGGAGAACCUGGUCGAGCUCAGUAAUAUGGAGGAGAAAGAUAUAUCUGAUUUGAUCGGAAAAGAGGCCGGAAAGCAGGUUUACGAGUUUUUCAAUAGGUCAGCGUUUUCUUGA